GUGGGAAUGUGCUUGGGGUUUGGAAUAGGGAAAUCCUAUUGCUCUGCUGGCCAUGACUUGCAGUUUAUAUUAUUGUAGGGUACUAUGAGUCUUACAAGCGCGGGUCAGUCGCCAUUCAGGGUAGGAAGCGAAGCGACAAUGUUUUUUUGUGGAGGAGCGAGAUCUGUUCGGUCUGUUAUAUGUAAAUUUCGUUUUAACGUCGCGGGAACAGCACGACUUGGAACAAACCUACCGCGAGCGGGUACAUGGACAUUGCGAAACAAACUUCAGGGAAUUUGUUGUCCUCGAGCUCAGGAUCGAUGUAUAAAUGAUAGCCAUGCUUUAUGUGUGGUUAGUGAAGCGCUAGGCGAUAAUAUUGUCAAAAGCGCUGGACGUCAAUUUAGUUUGGCUGCAGGACAAGUGACCCGGGCUCAGGAGAUCUCGACGUCUGUCUUGAAAUCGGAUUCAUCACCGACUUUCGAAUUCACCAUCAUCUGUUUUCCACGGCUGAGCAAGGGACAGAAGACCAUUCAUGUUUUUUUGCGGUCUCCCGAAAUGGAUACCACUCGUUCAUCCAUAGAUAAGGUCUUAUCAAGAGCUUUAUCCACCAGUGCUAAGCACGGACCAGCGAAGGGAGAACCAGCCAUUGAGGACACCAAGGUCCAGCCUUCUAGGAGCCCAAAAAGGGGGGAUGAAGAGCCCGAGAAUGAAAAAAAUCAAAAUAAAACAAUGCAGUUGAAGAAGGUUUUUAAGGAAUAUGGUGCUGUUGGUGUGUCAUUUCACAUCGGAAUAUCCCUGAUUUCCCUUGGAUUUUUCUACCUUGCUGUGUCUAGUGGGAUCGAUAUGGCUGUUGUGCUGUGUAAGAUGGGAUUCAGUGAAUCUGUGGUUCAGUCGAAGAUGGCUGCUGGCACAAGCACAUUUGUUCUAGCAUAUGCCAUUCACAAGCUGUUUGCCCCCCUUCGGAUCAGCAUCACUCUUGUGUCUGUACCACUCAUAGUACGAUACCUCAGGAAGACUGGACUCUUUAAACCUCCACCAACUAAUCCAUGAACUUGAAGCUCUAACAAAUGUUUCAGUGGUAGACUGUACAUUCACCUUUUUUCUAACUUCAAAUUCAAGGGCCUAGAGUGGCACACUGUCACAUAUGCAGUGAUUUUUCAGUGCUACAGCCAAACAAUGAAAUUUGCUACCACUAUGAAAUUGAAUUGUAUUCUGGCUAUUGCUCAUGUUAACAUUCAAUAGCCACACGUCACUCACAUGGCCAGAGAUGUACCGAUUAGUGAAUACAAGUGAAUAGUUUUUUUUCAACAACAUUUCAAAAAACAAUUUGUAUAUAAGGUGUACAUUUUGCACUUUUUUAAAUUAGACCAUGUAAACAUGUAAUUACUUGUAAUUACAUUAACAUAUAAUUAAUUGUAAAACUGCUUUAAGAUUUUAGAGUUUGUAUUUAAAAAAGAUUGAAAUUAAAAAUUGGACAAGAUAAUGGGGGCAUGCAGAACUGUAAAAAUCUGUGUUAGGAUGAUUUUGCUGGCAAUAAAGAUAUGUGGCUCUAGUUUUGUAUUAAGCAUUGUGAUUCUACUGCAUUUGAUAUGACUGAAAUGGAAAAUGUUUUUUUCUUUUUUCCAAGAUUUUCUUUGUUUUGAGCAAAAAUGUUUAGUGCAACUUUGAGUAUAUUGUGAAUUUUUUUUUUUUUUUUCCCAAAUUACUACACUAUUACAAUAAACUUUGUUUAGAAAUCUUACAUUUUUCUAGAGAAUAUUUUGGUCUCAUUGUUUGGAUGAAUAAAGAGUUAAUUA